GAAAGAUUCUUCCCACUUGGAGAGAGGCUUUUCCUUCUUGGACAUCUGCUGGCGGAGCUUCAGUAGCCAGAGAGAGGAGAGAGCAGAGAGAGGUCCAGCAGCCGCAGCUCCUGAAAGUUUCACUUUACUUUCCAGAGGAGGAGGCAUCAAGCAGACUGCUCUCAUAGCUGCUCGGUCCAUUAUUUGGGGGGGUUGAAUAGACUGAUUGAUGAUCUGCUGACCCUUUAAGGGCAAACAUGAAGAUAGGGCUGUCACUGGCCGCGGCUGCCUUCCUGGCAGCCCUGCUGUCCACCAUAGAUGCACAAGUGCAACCCCCCUCAAACUUGAAAUUUAAAAUUCUAAAUGAGAACUCAGUGGAAAUGUCAUGGACGAGACCCUCAUCAAGCAUAGAGGGCUUCAGACUACAAAUUGUAUCAGAUGCAGAUGAACCAGCCAGAGACUUUACCCUUGAUGCAUAUGCCACUACAACCUCCAUCACUAACCUGACCCCUGACUUGGACUACUCGGUGUCCAUAAACUCCUAUUAUGGGUCAGAGGAGAGCAUUCCCAUCUUUGGACAACUGACCAUCCAGUCCAGUAACAGCAGCGGACGGGUCAGGAAGCCACAGUCAGAUGCAAUCAAGUGUUCGGUCAGUGCAAUAGCAGAUUUGGUUUUCCUGGUGGACGGCUCAUGGAGUGUUGGCAGAGAAAACUUUAAGCACAUCCGUAGUUUCAUCGCCGCCCUGGCAGGCGCCUUCGACAUUGGCGAGGACAAGACUCGGGUGGCCGUGGUUCAGUACAGUACAGACACCCGCACAGAGUUCCCCCUCACCCGUUACAGCAGAAGAGGAGACCUGCUCCAAGCCAUCAACUCCCUGCCAUACAAAGGAGGAAAUACUAUGACAGGUGAUGCCAUAGAUUACCUGCUGCAGAACAUCUUUACGGAGGCAGCUGGAUCCAGGAAAGCUUUUCCUAAGGUAGCCAUGAUCAUCACAGAUGGAAAAUCCCAGGACCCAGUGGAGGAGUAUGCUAGAAGGCUUAGGAACAUUGGAGUGGAAAUAUUUGUCCUAGGUAUCAAAGGAGCAGAUGAGGAUGAGCUAAGGGAAAUUGCCUCCACACCUCACAACAAGCAUGUGUACAAUGUUCCCAAUUUUGACUUGAUCCAAGACGUGCAGAAAGAGAUUAUCACAGAGGUGUGCUCCGGUGUUGAUGAGCAGCUCGGCUUUCUGGUCAGCGGGGAAGAAAUGGUGGAGCCAGCCUCGAACCUGCAGGUCACAGAAAUUGCAUCUAAGUCAAUGAGGGUGCAUUGGGAUCCCUCCUUGGGUGAUAUUACAGGCUACAAACUCACCCUCAACCCCAUGCUUUCUGGAAUGAAACGCCAAGAGCUGUACAUUGGGGCCACCCAGACAUCCAUUGUUGUCCGUGACCUUUCCCCUGAGACUGAGUAUGAGAUCAGUCUGUAUGCCCUCAAAGGUCUGAUUCCCAGUGAAGCCACCUUGGCAAUGGAGAAGACCCAGCCUGUCAAGGUGUCAACAGAGUGCUCUCUGGGAGUGGAUGUGCAGGCCGAUGUGGUCCUACUGGUUGAUGGCUCGUACAGUAUUGGAUUACAAAACUUUGCCAAAGUCCGUGCCUUCUUGGAGGUUCUGGUCACUUCCUUUGACAUCGGACCCAACAAGGUCCAGAUUAGUUUAGUCCAGUACAGUCGCGAUCCACACACCGAGUUUUCCCUCAACACCCACCAUGACAUUAAUGCUGUAGUCAAAGCUGUGCGCACUUUCCCCUACCGCGGAGGCUCCACCAACACUGGCAAGGCCAUGAUGUAUGUCAAGGAUAAGGUCUUUGUCCCCAACCGUGGAGCGAGACAGAAUGUCCCCCGCGUCAUGGUCCUGAUCACUGAUGGAAAGUCAUCAGACUCGUUUAAGGACGCGGCAACCGGCCUGAGGAAUAUUGAUGUGGAAAUCUUUGCCGUUGGCGUGAAGGAUGCAGUGAGGUCAGAGCUGGAGGCCAUUGCUAAUCAACCAUCAGACGCUCAUGUCUACGAGGUGGAGGACUUUGAUGCCUUCCAGAGGAUCUCGAAGGAGCUGACUCAGUCCAUCUGUCUGAGGAUUGAACAGGAACUGCUCAACAUCAAAAAGAGAAGUCUGCUUCCACCCAAAAACUUGGAGUUUGGCGAGAUUACCUCCAGAAGCUUCCGUACCACCUGGUUGGCUCCUACUACUAAUGUCAUAGGAUAUCUGGUGCGUUUCCGCAAGGCUGAAGAUAUCACUGGAGACUACAUUUCCAUGGCUGUGGCUGGUGAUACCACAACAACCAUUCUACCCCACCUAUACCCCCUCACCGCCUAUGAGGUCAACGUCUUUGCUCAGUAUGAGUUAGGAGACAGUUUUCCCUUGACUGGUGAAGAAACCACUCUAGAAGAGCAAGGGACUGUACGAAACCUACGAGUUACAGAGGAGACGACCAACAGCUUCAGGGUGUCAUGGCAAGCUGCUCCAGGUUCGGUGAUCAGGUAUCGCUUGUCCUAUGUCCCGCUGAGUGGUGUUGGGGAAGUUCUGGAGGCCCAAACCACCGGAACGGAGACUACCAUCGUUCUCCAAGAGCUUUUCCCUGUCACCACCUACCGUGUGUCUGUGUCUGCUGAGUAUUCCUCAGGUGUAGGGGACGAGAUGCAAGUAGAUGGAACCACCAAGGAAGUCCGUGGCUCUCCUCGUGACCUUCGCGUCUUUAACGAGACCAUAUCCACAAUGAAAGUGGCAUGGCAGGCGGCUCCAGGAAAUGUCCUUCAGUACCGCAUUGCGUUCAAACCUGCCGAGGGCGGCGAAAGGAAGGAGAUAUCCGUCAAGGGAGAUACCACCCGGGCUGUGCUGAAGAACCUCCAACCAUUCACUGAAUAUGAGCUGUUUGUCAGUGCUCGCUACUCUUCUGGUUUGGGUGAUCCUCUUCUGGGCACAGGAACCACCUUAGAAGAGCUCGGCUCACCCAGAGACUUGGUGACCAGUGACGUCACCGACACCAGUUUUGUGGCGUCUUGGGUCGCGGCCCCAGGUAACGUCCGUCAGUACCGGAUCAGGUGGAAGUCUCUGUACACUGAGGAGACAGGGGAGAAGACGAUAGCAGGAGACACCACAACCACAGUCCUGGAGGGUCUCACCCCAGAGACACGUUACCAGGUCUCUGUGUUCGCCGGAUAUGGCCGCGGAGACGGUCAGCCCCUGGUUGGAGAGGAAACCACGGAUGUCUCGGCCGCUGGCAGGACGAUCGUCGUCUCCGACGAGACGGAGAAGAGCAUGAAGGUGACAUGGCAACCGGCACCUGGAAACGUACUCAACUACCGCGUUACCUACAAACCCAAGGUGGGAGGGCGCCAGCUAGCAGCCAAGGUGCCCGGCGGCACCACCUCUACUGUGCUGAAAGGCCUUACCGCCCUCACCACCUACAAGAUCACUGUUCUGCCCAUCUACCGUUCCGGAGAGGGCAAAGCAAGGCAAGGAGAAGGAACAACACUGUCACCUUACAAAGGUCCUAGGAACCUCCAGACUUCAGAGCCUGCCAAGACCAGCUUCCGUGUCACAUGGGACUAUGCUCCCGGCGAUGUUAAGGGCUACAAAGUCACUUUCCACCCUUCAGGCGAAGACAUUGACCUGGGACAACUCCUGGUUGGUCCCUAUGACAACACUGUGGUCCUAGAGGAGCUGAGAGCUGGUACCAAGUACACAGUGAAUGUGUUUGGUAUGUUUGAAGGAGGAGAGAGUAUGCCAUUGGCUGGAGAGGAGAAAACCACUCUCAUGGAUUCACCUGAUCCUCCUCCUUAUGAGGCAACAGAUGUGACGUGUAAGACCACUGCACAAGCUGACAUUGUGCUGCUGGUGGACGGCUCCUGGAGUAUCGGACGUCUCAACUUCAAGACCAUUCGUGCAUUCAUCGCUCGUAUGGUGGGAGUCUUUGACAUUGGCCCGGAAAGAGUCCAAAUCGGUCUUGCUCAGUACAGUGGAGACCCAAAGACUGAAUGGCACUUGGAUGCUCAUCGAAGCCGGGACUCUCUCCUGGAAGCUGUGGGUAACCUGCCCUACAAAGGAGGAAACACCCUGACUGGUCUGGCUUUGAACUACCUCCUCCAGAACAAUUUCAAAGAGAACGUCGGGAUGCGACCCAAAUCCAGGAAGAUCGGCGUGUUGAUCACUGACGGCAAAUCCCAGGACGAUGUCAACCUCAACUCUCAGAACUUGCGCGAUGAGGGCAUUGAGCUCUAUGCCAUCGGUGUGAAGAAUGCCGAUGAGAAUGAGUUGAGGUCUAUUGCCACCGAUCCGGAUACUAUUCACAUGUACAACGUGGCUGACUUCUCCUUCCUGUUGGAUAUCGUUGACAACCUCACUGACAACCUCUGCAACAGUGUCAAGGGACCAGGAGGUGCACCCGAUGCUCCAACUGACCUGGUGACAUCAGAGGCGACCUACGAGUCUUUCCGAGUCACCUGGACAGGCCCUGAAGGCCCGGUGGAGAACUAUCGUGUGGAGUACAUGACGGUGUCUGGACGCCCACAACAGGUGAUUGUGGAUGGCACUGAGACCUCGUUGGUUCUCCACGGCCUCAACCCUCUGACACAGUACCAGGUCAACGUCUACUCUGUGGUGGGAGAGGAGAGCAGCGAGCCUCUCAAAGGAACCGAGACCACACUGCCCCUGAGUGCCGUGAGACGCAUGGACAUUUAUGAAGAGCAGACCACCACCAUGCGGGUGAGAUGGGAGGAGGCGGCGGGCGCUACCGGCUACAUGCUGCUCUACAGCGCCCUCAACGCCACUCAGCCCACCCUCGAGCAGGAGAUCAGAGUGGGAGGGGAUACAACCGAAGUUCAGCUGGUGAAGUUGCUCCCCAACACAGCCUACUCGCUCUCCCUCUUCGCCCUGCAUGGAGAGUCAGCGAGUGAACCACUGACCAAGCAGGGAGUCACCCUGCCCCUGCCACCUUCGGGCAAACUGAUGGUUCGUGACGUCACCCACAGCACAUUGUGGCUCAAUUGGGACGCCGCUCCUGGUCUUGUUCGCAAGUACAUCAUCACCUACAAGCCUGAGGAAGGAGACGCUAAAGAACUGGAAGUGGACGGAGGUGUGACCACCAGACAACUGGACAACCUGGUCUCACAGACUGAGUAUGCCCUGGCUGUUACUCCAGUCUACGAUGAGGGACCCGGUCAGCCGAUGUUGGGAGAUGCAAUCACUGAUGUGGUUCCUGCCCCGCAGAACCUACGAUUCUCAGAUGUCACCCAGACCAGCUUCAGAGCCACUUGGGAUCACGGAGCCUCCGACGUGGCUCUGUACCGCAUCGGCUGGGUCAAGAAGGGAGACUCCAACUUCCAAUAUAACAUUCUGAACAGCGAUGAAACAACCCACGUCCUGGAGAACUUGGACCCAGACUCGCCCUAUGAUGUGUCCGUCACCGCGAUCUAUCCAGAUGAAUCGGAGAGCGAGGAUCUGCUGGGCACCGAGAGGACAUUGCCUGUAGUGACCACACCUGAUGGUAGCAGACCAUCGGUACCUAACGGACCUCCCACCAACUUGGUUGUGUUCAACGAAACCAUCACCACUCUGAACGCCAGAUGGAAUCCAGCUCCAGGCCGCGUCCAGAACUACAAGAUCACUUACGUACCCACGGCUGGAGGAAAGAGCCAGACCACCCAGAUUGGAGGGAAGAAAACUACUGUCCUGCUUCCCAAGCUGACCCCUGACACCGAAUACUCCAUCACCGUGGUGGCGGUCUACGCCAAAGGAGUCAGCAGGGAGCUGAACGGCCCUGGAAAGACCAAGCCUUUGGGCGGCGUUAGGAACCUGCAGGUCAUCGACCCCACUACCAGCACCCUGAACGUCCUGUGGGAGGCUGCCGAGGGCAACGUGCGUCAGUACAGGAUCUUCUAUGUCCCUGCAGCUGGAGGAGAGGAAGAGAUGGCCCAGGUAUCAGGCAGCACCUACAACACCGUUCUGAGGAACUUGAAGUCUGAUACUGUCUACACUGUAACUGUGCUUCCGGUCUACUCCGCUGGAGAGGGACAACGCUUGUCUGAAAAUGGCAAAACCUUGGAGCGCAGCCCCGCCAGGAACAUCCGGGUUUUCAACCCCAGUACCAACACUCUGAACGUUCGCUGGGAGGCCGCCACGGGCCCAGUCCAGCAGUACCGGGUGGUCUACGCUCCUCUGACUGGCGCCAGUCCCUCUGAGUCGAUUGUGGUACCAGGCACCACCACCGAGGCCCUCCUGGAGCAGCUGCUCCCAGACACCGAUUACAAUGUCGGAGUGGUUGCCCUGUACAGCGACGGCGAAGGACCCACUAUCAGUGACUUAGGAAAGACAAUGCCCCGCAGUGGCCCAAGGAACAUACGUGUAUACGACCCCACCACUAGCACUCUCUCUGUGAGCUGGGAACACGCCGAAGGUCCUGUCACGCAAUACCGCAUCACCUACGCCCAGACCACAGGAGACCCCAUCGAGGAAUUUACCGUAGUGCCAGGAAACAGAAACAAUGUGAUCCUGCAGAACCUGGAUCCAGACACUCCUUAUAAUAUCAAAGUGACCGCCAUGUAUGCUGACGGAGCCGGAGGACAGCUGGAAGGAGACGGACGCACAGUGGGUAUGCUCGGCCCCAGGAACCUUCGAGUUUCUGAUGAAUGGUACACCCGCUUCAGGGUGUCGUGGGACGCCGCCCCCUCCAGGGUCAACGGAUACAAGCUGAUCUACCAGCCGGAGGGCUCCGAUGAGUCCUUUGAAGUGUCUGUCGGAGACGUGACCACCCACCAACUGCAUAACCUGAAACCUGGAACCACCUAUGACCUGAAGGUGCUGGCAGAGUACGAAAGCGGCCUCAGUGCGCCUCUCAUUGGACAAGGCACCACAUUGUACCUGAACGUGACAGACCUGACCACCUACAACGUCGCCUACGAGUCCUACUGCAUCCGAUGGACCGCUCACAGAGCGGCCACCUCCUACAGACUCAAACUCAACCCUACUGAUCCCUCCAAUAGAGGAGCUCAGGAGAUCACCGUCAGAGGCUCGGAGAGCAGUUACUGCUUUGACGGCUUGACCCCCGACUCUCUCUACGACGCCACAGUGUUCGUCCAGACCCCCAACCUGGAGGGACCCGGAGUCAAAGUAAAGGAGAGGACAUUGGUCAAACCCACAGAGGUACCUACCGAGCCUCCCAGCCCCCCUGCUCCAGUAACAGUCCCUCCUGCACUAGAUGUGUGCAGAGGUGCCAAGGCAGAUGUGGUCUUCCUCAUUGAUGGUUCCUGGAGUAUCGGAGACGAGAGCUUCAUCAAGGUCAUCCAGUUCGUCAAGAGCAUGACCGGAGCCUUCGAGGUCAUCAGCCCUACCGGCAUGCAGGUUUCAUUUGUGCAAUACAGCGAUGACGCCAAGACUGAGUUCAAGCUGAACACCUACCACGACAAGGGCAUAGUGAUAUCAGCUCUGCAGACUGUGCGCUACAGAGGAGGCAACACCAAGACAGGCGUUGCUCUGAAGCACGUCUACGAGAAGGUGUUCACCUCGGACAGUGGCAUGAGGAGGAACGUCCCCAAGGUGCUGGUGGUGGUCACAGAUGGACGCUCCCAGGAUGAAGUCAAGAAGAGUGCAGAAAAACUGCAGCAUUCUGGCUACAGUGUGUUUGUGGUCGGAGUGGCCGAUGUGGACAUGUCGGAGUUGAGACAAAUCGGCAGCAAGCCCAGCGAGAGACAUGUGUUUGUGGUGGACGACUACGACGCUUUCGCCAAGAUCCAAGACAACCUGAUCACCUUCAUCUGUGAAACGGCCACUUCCACUUGUCCUCUGAUCUACAUCAAUGGGUUCACAACACCUGGGUUCAGGAUGCUGGAGGCUUUCAACAUCACAGACCGAACCUUCGCCGGCAUGAACGGCGUGUCCAUGGAGCCGGGCUCCUUCAACAGCUACAUCGCCUACAGGAUGCACAAGGAUUCCUUCGUAAACCAGCCCACCAAGGAGAUCCAUCCGGAGGGUCUUCCCCCAGCCUACACCAUCAUUAUGCUCUUCCGCCUGCUGCCCGACACAGGCUCCGAACCUUUCGAUAUCUGGCAGAUUGCAGACAAAAACAACAACCCCGAGGUCGGGGUCACCGUCAACCCUUCCAGCAAAACAAUCACGUUCUACAACAAGGACACCCGAGGAGAGAUCCAGAGAGCCACGUUUAAUGAGGAGCAAGUGAAGCGGCUUUUCCAUGGCAGCUUCCACAAGCUCCACAUCAGCAUCUCCGCGGACAAAGUCAAGCUCAACGUGGAUUGCCAGGAGGUGGCAGAGAAGCCCAUCAAGGAGGCCAACAACCUCACACUGGACGGUUACGAAGUGCUCGGCAAGUUGGCCAAGUCUGGAGGCGGAAGGAGGCAGUCUGCGACAUUCCAGCUCCAGAUGUUCGAUAUAAUCUGCAGCUUGAGCUGGAUCAGCCGGGACAAAUGCUGCGACCUGCCCUCCAUGAGAGAUGAGGCCAAGUGCCCAUCCCUGCCCCACUCUUGCACAUGCACACAGGACAGCAUCGGCCCUCCGGGGCCUUCUGGACCUUCGGGCGGCCCAGGUUCUAAGGGGCCACGAGGAGAUAGAGGAGAGUCCGGCAACGCUGGUCCAAUGGGUCCACGUGGUGACUUAGGACUCCCAGGCUCAAUGGGACCACCGGGUCCACAGGGCCCUAACGGACUGUCUCUACCCGGAGAACCCGGUCGCCCGGGACCAAAGGGAGAUGCUGGAGACCCGGGCCUGUCUGGCCGGCAAGGUUCUCAGGGGCAACGCGGUCCUCUGGGCCCCAGUGGACCAAGCGGAGUGCGGGGGCCACCAGGAAAGGAGGGACCAUCUGGACCCAGAGGCCCACCAGGACCCUUGGGAACCCCUGGAAAUCCAGGUGUACCAGGAAUUACUGGAAAGCCAGGGAAACCAGGAGACACAGGAAACACAGGAGCUGUUGGCCUUAAAGGAGAGAAAGGAGAGAGGGGAGACUUUGCAUCCCAGAACAUGAUGCGCUCCAUCGCCAGACAAGUUUGUGAACAGCUUGUGAACAAUCAAAUGAGCAGGAUUGACAUGAUGCUCAACCAGGUUCCUUCUGGUCAUCGUAGCAACUCUCCAGGGCCAACCGGUCCUCCUGGCCCUCCUGGCGACCAGGGAUCCCGCGGAGAGCCUGGACAAUCUGGUCGAACUGGUUUCCCUGGAAACCCAGGUUUACCUGGAAGUCCAGGAGAAAGAGGUUUGGCAGGAGAUAAGGGAGAGAGAGGAUCUCCAGGAACUGGUAUCAGAGGACAAAGAGGAGCAAGCGGGCCCCCAGGGCCGCCAGGAGAGUCGAGAACGGGACCCCCAGGUUCUUCUGGCUCCGGUGGGCCUCGUGGCCCUCCGGGUCGCCAGGGUACUUCGGGGGUGAGGGGACCACCAGGACCCUCUGGAUACUGCGACUCCUCUCAGUGUGUUGGCAUCCCUUACAAUGGACAAGGAUACACAGGUGUGGCAUAAUAAACGCUCUAAAGUCACCUGUGCCGCUUACACUUUGAAGUCCUGUUUCUGAGAUGUUUGCCCACUUGCUAUGGGGCGUGAUAAUCACCACGGACAUAAUUAUUGAACACUAAACACAAACAUUACGAAAAGCCAAAAACAAACAGACAAACGGAGCGGACUGGCACUAACACCAUCUCACAGCUACAAGCUACAAUGAUGGCAACCUGCUGGCCUGUUUGCAUCUUGAACCACAACCCGUUGGGGGGAAAAACACAAAACCGAGACUGAGCAUUUCUACCAAGGAAGGAGCAUGUACAAAUACCACCCAAAACAACUACUAACAAAGAGGAUUUCAUAACUGCAAUGGUAAUGUAGCGGUGAUAUGUGUAAAUAAAACUAAUUUUGUGCCUUGUAAAUGAUUGUAUGAACCAGGACGUUUCACUAAAAAUCAAGUUAACAUCUGUAUUGAGCUUGUGCCUCAUAACCCUCUGCUUACUUACCACCAGCAUAACCUCUGUUUACGACGCCUUAAGUGACUUCUUAGACAGCUCUGGUCCAGAUUGAAGCAUGUUCCAUUUGUUUAAUCAUGUUUUUUGUUUAUGUCGGUGCUAAAUGUUGCUCUCCUGCCAUUUCCAUGUGUUUUUUGUAGUAUGAGCUGGUUAUUUUACUACGUCUUAUUAUCCAAUAGCUUGAUGGAUUUUACUGUAAACCACAGCAUUUUGAACAGUUUUUUUUUUUAUUUAGCUUUUAUGGUACUUAAGGAAGCAAUAGUUUGACACAAGGCGUUUGUUUAGAAUUCCAAAGUGCAAUAUAAUUUAAAUUUGUGCAUGUGAAAACCUUUUUUUUGAUUGGCCGUCCCAAAUAUUCUUCUAGCCAACAACUACCAGCCUGAACCUGUGGUAGAGUCUAUACCCGUGGAGCCAGCUGGGGAGUUUGAGGCAAUACAAUCACCCGGUUACUUACGAAACCAACGAGGAAAGAGAUCACUACAACAAGACAAUACAGAAACACUAGCGU